GGUUAUUGAAAAAUAUGUUAGUAAAAAUCAAUUUUAAAUUAUUAUUUUGAUUUGAAUAUGUAUAUCAAGUAACAUAAACCAAAUACUUUUUAAUAUAAUGUAAUGGACUUCUAAUUUUUUUAAUAGCAUAUAAGCCCAUUACUUUUUUUUCCUAACUUACUGCUAUCCAUGUUUGCAGACAGCAUUUUAUUUAUUUUUUUACUACUGUCUAGGUUUCCAAACAAGUACUAAAGAUACUUCUACUUUAAUAAGAUAGAAGCGUGAAAGCUAACUUUUAAAUUGUUUUUCAUAGUUUAGGUUGUUUCAAUAGUUUGUUAAUAUUUGUUUCAAUAGUUUGUUAAUAUAGGUGUAUUUUAAAGUUGAUUUAAUUACAUUUAACUCAAAUUUAUUUAAUAAAAAUACAUUAAUCUAACUGAAAAAGACAAGCAUUAAAAUAGGGAAUUCAAUUUAAUUUUCAGUGGCAUAGAAUUGUAAUUAAAUUUAAAAACUAAAUGUAUUUUUAAUGGAUACUUCUCUUUUAAUAAUAUAGAUAGAAGCGUGAAAGCUAACUUUUAAAUUGUUUUUCAUAGUUUGUUAAUAUUUGUUUCGAUAGUUUGUUAAUAUAGGUGUAUUUUAAAGUUGAUUUAAUAACAUUUAACUCAAAUUUAUUUAAGGAAAAUACAUUAAUCUAACUGAAAAAAUAAGCAUUAAAAUAGAAAAUUUAAUUUAAUUAUCAGUGACAUGAAAAUGUAAUUAAAUUUAAAAAUUAAAGGGUAUUUUUAAUAGGUAUUUCUCUUUUAAUAAUAUAGAUGGACCCCUAGAAAAUUCGAGGGUUCGUUUCUUCUAGAUCGAUAAGACUGAGGACUAACCAAUAUUAUACUAUUAUAUUAAGAAUGUGGGUGGAUUGGAGCAGGUCCCCAAUUAGAGUAUGUAUAUACAAUCUAUAUUCUUCAAAUGGAUUCCUUGUUGGUAAUGGAGAAAGUUUUUUUUUCAAGAUUAAUGUAAGCCUCCUGAAUAAUUGAAGUAUAAGUCUUUGCGACAUUGGGCGCUCCAACUACUAUACUACACUUGAUGGAACAUGAAAGAAAUGUUAAAUACAAUUAGGACGUUAGACACUCAUUAUCUUUACUUUAAAAAUAAAGGGUUUGUUGUUAUCUAUUUGACCAUGGUUAAAAUCAAAUUGUGAAGAAUUUAAAAAAUGUAUAAGAAUAUAUUUAUUUUAAUAUAUUAUGAAAUAUUUUAAGAAAAAGGGUUUGUUGUUAUCUAUUUGACCAUGCUUAAAAUCAAAAUGUGAAGAAUGUAAAAUGUAUAAGAAUAUAUUAAUUCUAAUAUAUUAUGAAGUAUUUUAAGAAAAAAAAAGAUUUAUAAUGAUUUAUUCGUACACUAUGACAUUUUCAAGGAUUUAAAAUAAAUCAAACUAGCUUUAUAGACUUGUGUUUGGUUUAACUAUAAAAAAUAUUUUCAUGAUAUAAUAUUACAAUGCGCAAGCCUAUGUAAAUAAUAAGAAAUUAUCACAAAUACCACAUUCAUAGUACCACUUUUCAUGUUUACAAUAAUUAUUUUUACCUUUACUUUUAGCGAAUGGUAAAAAACAUUUAUACUCCCAGGGUUAACUAAUCUAGACUUAGAGUUUAGAGUUGAGAGAUGGAGUAGGUUUUUGAAAUGUGAAAUUUAGGAUUCUAAUAAAUAUAUAAGUAAAUACUUAAAAAUAUAAAAAAAUUAAAAAUAGUUUCAAACAUAAUUUUCGAUUUUCAAACAGAAAAUUCGAAAAAAAUCGAAAAAAAAUUCAAAAAAGUAUUCAAAAGUUUUUUUUUUAUAAAAAAAAUCGAAUUUAAAAAAGUAUAAUUCGAAAACAUAAAAAACUAUUUUUAUAUUUUUUUUAUUAAAAUAAUUAUUUAUUAUAUAUAUAGAGAAAACAAAUGUAUAAGAGUCUUUUGCCACUGAAUGAAUAAACGUUUUUUAAAAAUAUCUUUUUAAUGGUAAUAAAAUGAAUAAUGAUACCAUAAAAGUUGUAAACACGAAAUUUUUCCGUAAAUUAUGCCUACUUGCGAUAGUGAGAAAAUAUUUCUAAUGAUUGCAAAACUUUCUAUCAUAAAUCUCUGAUAUAAUCUAUAAUGUAAAUUUGAUAUAAUAUAAGUAUAUCUAUAUCUACGUUGAAUUUCUUCAUUACUAACCAACUCCUUUUCUUCUUCUUUUGCAGUGUUAAGGUUAACUUAAUUAGAGGAGACGAUCUUGACCAGCGACAUAUAGAUAUCACUCACACUAUAUAAUUGACAAUUAUUUCCUUCAAUUUACAUAUCAAUACUAUUAAAAGAGAAGGAUUUUGAAAAAAUCUACCUAUGAAAGUUGUUUGGACCUAUUACUUUUAAAUUUUUUUGGACUUACCAUGUAUAUUAUAACAAUAAUUGACAACCUUUUUUACCCUAUAGACCCCGAUUAUUACUCUAACCAUGCGAACUGUAUACAUUAUUAUUUAUACAUAACCAUUAAAACCGAUUGCUAAACCAUCCUACCCAAACAAAAUACAUUACAUGAACCAAAACCAAAACACAAUCUAUUAUAACUGUUACGUUAACGAAAUAUUCAUUUCCCUCACAUACUACCAUCGACUACAAAACACGUUACAUGUAAGACACUACACUACAUAGAAGUUUUAUACAAGAUUUGGGUGUAAGAUUACAUGAUUCAAACACUAAAUUUCAUUAGUGAAAUAAUCUUCAAGAUUAUAUGAUUCAAACACUAAAUUUUAUAAUUAUGAAAAGCAAAACAAAACCAAACCCGCGCUUUCAAGCGCGGGUCAAAAUCUAGUAUUUUCUUAAAUGUUGAAAGGAUUCGUUAGAAGGUCUAACUGUGUGGAGCCAAAAAAAAAAAAAGGUCGAUUGUACAUGUAAUCAAUUUGUCUUUUAUUUAUUUAUUUUUUGCUUUAGGUUUAAUCAAAUUGGGUUAGUAGAGAUGUACACGUCCAUCUACUAUGCAAUAUCUGUUUGUUUAUAUACAUUAUAUAUCAGGCAUGCUUUUCUCUUAAUUAUAAUGAAUCUCUCAUUUUUUAUGCAUAGAAAAUCCAAAAAGAUUGUCAAUUUCUUUAGCAAAAACAAAAUUGUACUAAUGCAAAAGGAAUGAAUAAAAAUAAACAUGAGAAGUGUAGGCCAUUUAGCAGACAAAUUAUAAUUAAACAAAUGGGAUAAUGUAACCCACCUCCAUCUUCACCUUUGCCUUGUGUAUAAAACCUCUCUCCUUAAAGCUAUACUCAAGGUUAAAUCAAAAACCUAAUUCCCAUAGCAGCAAACACAAUUGAUCCUAAAAUUAAAUUCGACCUUCGAAUCUAAAAUUGUCAUCAACACCAAUCAUAUCAUGAGUAGCUCUGGCUCUCCUUGUGGAGCUUGUAAGUUUCUUAGGAGGAAAUGUGCAAAUGGAUGUGUGUUUGCUCCAUACUUUUGUCAUGAACAAGGAGCUUCACACUUUGCAGCCAUUCACAAGGUCUUUGGAGCUAGCAAUGCUUCUAAAAUCCUCUCGAAUCUCCCCAUUAGUGAUCGUUGUGAAGCCGCCAUUACAAUCUCUUAUGAAGCACAAGCUAGGCUUCAUGAUCCCAUUUAUGGCUGUGUCUCUCAUAUCUUUGCUCUCCAACAACAGGUUGUGAAUCUACAAGCACAGCUUGAGAUUCUAAAGCAACAAGCUGCACAAAGCAUUAUGUUUGCUGAUUCACCAUCAUCAGAAAACCCUAAUAGUUAUUAUGGAGACAAUACUAAGACUUCUUAUCAUCAUGAUCAUCAUCAAGAACAUCGAAAUAUUCACCAUCAUCAUCAUGAUGAGACCCGUUUGGUUUACCAAACCGGAAGUUCAGGGAUGGUUCAGCACGGAGAUGCGACAGUGAACAGUUACCCCACCGGGAACUGCUCGGGCUUUGGAGAAGUCUUCAUCUACCCUGACUUGGAACAACACUUGAACUCUUUCAAUCAAGAUCAUCUCAAAGAGCUUCAGUCAGCAAAUUUUGGCUACAUCUCCUUCUCAUGAUGGUUCAUUCUAUCAAGACAUGGAUAAAUUGAUUCCUAUCAACAUAUCCCAUCUAUAUAUGAUUAUAUAUAUAUAUAUAUAUUAUUUUUUAUGUAGCUUAUAUAGGGACUUAUAUAUGCCUCAAGACUUUUUGAUGGUUGUAGUCUCGAUUGUUGAUGUUGCCUAGCUCAAAGAACCGGCUUUGUAUUCAUAAAUAAGAAAAAAAUUCUAGAUGCCCUAGAAAUAUAUUAAAGAUCAUAUAUAUUCAUAUCCUCAAAGAUCUUUUGGAGCAUAUAUCGUUUUUAUUGUUAUAUAUGUAACAUAAAUCAUACUAA